UGGCUAUAUACAUCUGGCAGCAGCGGUUCGAUCCAACUUUUUUUUUGUAAACAAUUGAAAUAUUUUAAAUUCAAAACUUGUCAAAGACUCGAUAAAUUUUUUGCUAGUUUAAAGAUGCCAUUUAUUAAAAUCAUUUUUUCUACUUUUUAUUUUAAUUUAUUAUUUUUGAAUAUUAUUAAGUUCUCAUUUUCGGAAAUGGAUGUAUGUGAUGCUUUUCAAAAAGACUGUCACACCGACAAAACAGAAAAGGAAGCGGCAUCUCAUAUGUAUUCACCAGCUGAUGAUGAGAAAUGGCAAGAUAUAAUUGAGCUCAUUAAAAAGGCCAAUUCAUCUUAUGAAGAAUGUUCUUCAGAAUCCUGUUCUUGUUACUUAAGUUUGAUGAAGGAAGAUCUUUCACCUUGGCAAAAAAGUGGUAUAACAAGAGAAGAUAUUUUAGAAAGUAGAAACAAGGGAACUUACUAUCAGAUAAUAAAUCAUAAAUUAUAUCGAGAAACAGAAUGCAUGUUUCCUUUCAGAUGUAGUGGAGUAGAGCAUUUUAUUCUUCAGAUAAUUGACAAAUUACCCGAUAUGGAAUUUAUUCUGAAUACACGAGAUUGGCCUCAAGCUAAUAAAUACAAUAAACCGUUGCCUAUAUUUUCAUUCAGCAAAACUUCACAAUUUUGGGAUAUCACUUACCCAGCCUGGACCUUCUGGGAAGGUGGACCUGCUAUAAGCUUGUAUCCAACAGGUUUAGGAAGGUGGGAUUUACAAAGAACAGUCAUUAACAAAACUAUUGAGAAAUGGCCUUGGACAAAGAAGAAAAACAAAGCAUUCUUUCGAGGCUCACGAACUAGCUCAGAACGAGAUGAAUUGGUGUUGCUAUCAAGAGAACAUCCUGAUCUAAUAGAUGCUCAAUAUACAAAAAAUCAAGCAUGGAAAUCAGAGAAAGAUACACUUGGAGCUCCACCUGCAAAAGAAGUAUCUUUAGAAGACCAUUGUGUCUACAAAUAUUUAUUUAACUUCAGAGGUGUGGCUGCCAGUUUUAGAUUGAAGCAUCUCUUUUUAUGCAGAUCCCUGGUAUUUCAUGUGGGAGAUGAAUGGAUUGAGUUUUUUUACCAUCGUCUUAAACCAUGGGUUCAUUAUAUACCAGUACCUACUGAUCUUUCAAAUGUCAUGGAACUUCUGAGUUUUGCCAUGGAAAGAGAUGAUUAUGCUAAAGCUAUUGCCCAAAGGGGCUUUGACUUUAUAUGGAAUCACCUAAAGAUGGAAGACAUUCUUUGCUAUUGGGAGAAUCUAUUACUUAAUUAUGCAAAACUUCUUAAGUACAAGCCUCAAAAAUAUAAUAAUUUUAAGAUAAUCAAACCAAAGUAUAAAUAAUAAUCGGUUCAUGUAUUUUGUUGUAAUAUAAUAUUUUAUAAAAAGAGCUUGGGAACAAGCCAAAUUCAUUCCAAUUUUAGAAUAAAUUUUAUAUUUUUUUACAGAGAUGUUUUCUAAAGCUAAAAUGGUUUUCUUAGGUUUUUAUUUAUUUAUUUAUUUUGACUAUAUAAAGUAUUUGAAUUAUUUUCUUUCCCAAUUGAAAGUCUUAUCAUCAAAAGUUAUUGUGUAAAUAAAAAUUCAUGUCAUGAAAACAGUAUGAUUAAUGCACUUUUCUAUCAAAUUCAACAAUAUCAGUUUGUAAAAUGACUAUUAUUUUUGUAGCAUGAGUAUGAUGCAUCCCUCAUGUUUUUUGUGCAUGAAUAACCCAUGUUUGUGUAUAUUCAAAUUCAUUCAAUAGCAGUUUGUGCAAAUUCAUUUAUGGAUCAUCCUCAUUUGGAUCUUGAAUAUGUAAGCGAUGGUUUGUUGUGCAUGGGAUUUCAAAUAAAGUUUAUUUACAGCUUGUUAA